AUGAAAAAAGCAAAAUCAGCAGAGGAUGAGGUCAAAUUGAGUGUGGAAGAGGUGACCCAAGACAACGAAACCGCCAAAACAAAGACCAAAGCGGACGAAGAUGACAUCGCCAAACUUGGUGAGCAAUUUUGUUGUCUUCAGAGAUCUGAAUGGCCAAAUUAUCAAGUAUAGUAAUUAUAUUAACCAUGACUUUCAGCGACAACCUAUUCUCUGACCGAAUACAGCUUCCCCAUGCUUCCUGCCGCCGAGAGUCUUCACGAUCUCCCCACUAGAAUACACAAAAUAUUUAACUUCCCUAUUGAUCCAAGUCUUUAUACCGUAAUCGAAGAGAAAUUGCCAUUGGAAAAGGUGAGAUUAUAGUGGAUAACAUAUUUUUCUGAACGUUUCUAAUGCUUUUGAUAGUUUUAGUUGGGCCUUCGGAUGACAAGUAAGUGUUUGGUCCUCUCCACUCAACAUUCCAACCUCAAAUUUGCUGAUAUUAUUCUUUCCGUUGAUGGGGAAGAAGUGGAUUCUCGAGAAAAUUUUGCAAAAUUAUACAAAACGAUGAGAAAUCACAAGACAAUUGUAAGUUUUAGGGGCCUACGGUUGCUUUGUAGCCUUUUUGGUGCAAUUAUAACCCGAUUUUAUCUUGCACUUUCUAUCAGUCAUCUUAUAUUACACUUGAUUUAUAGACGACAGUCCGAGUCCUCAGACUCAGGUACAGCCUUCCAUUUGAUCCGACACGCAUCCCCUUGGGCUAUGAGCAGCUUUUCGGCUACACUUAUUUGGUCGUGGUGUUGUUUCGAAUGCCCUAUCUGAAGAUGUCGUUGUCCAUAAAGUCUUAUAUGAGCAAGGUUUUUGUGGCCGAAGCACCGUUGGGAACGUCUUCUGGACUAAGUUUACAACAAGGAGAUGCCAUUAUAGAUGUGGAGAGGACGGCGGUGAGUAAUGUCGAGGAUACGAAAAGGCUGAUUUCGGAAAGUUUCGAAGCCAAAGGAAUCGGUAAGGAUAAUACCGAAAUUCAUAAAAAAAUUUUACUUCGUUGUCGUCGAAAUGCGGAGAUUUUGGGCUGGAAAGAAGGAUCAUAUUGCAAGCUGAUAUUUAAAGCUGAUUUCAGCGACUCUGCUGGUGGAGCGGCCCAAAGAUGACUCGGCUUUUCAAUUCUGCCGGAUGGUUUUAAACUUCAAAAAGACAGUCCCAAUCGAUUGUGGCCUCACUCGAGAUGUCCGAGACAUUUGUAGAAAGGAGCGGAGGCGCAUAAAAUAUUGUCAUACGUCACCGUUGAGAUCGAUUUUGAAAAGGGAUUCGGCCGAAACUGCCUUGAAAAGAGUGCAGAUCUCCAAGGACGCGCUGGAGACCCAUAUCUCGGCUCAAGCCAAUCCAAGGCUGCUGGUGAGGCAUUUAGACACUUUUUCUUGUCUUUUCUUACUUUUAAAGACACCGAAAAAUGUUUGGAAAUUAUUGGGCACGUUGACGAUGAAGUAUAAUAAAAUUUCAGGACCGUGUUCCCCACAAACAGACCGAACUUAUGUUGUCGAGGAUCACGACUAAGAGUGAGACGUCCAGUGAUUCCCAGCAAAUCAGAUCUCCAUCCGGAAGCAUCGAAGAGGGCAGAAAACCGGUGAAGAAAAGGAGAAAGUCGGCUGAUAAAGGUUGA